AUGGACGAAGUGGACCCGACCAACGUCUCGACGCCGUCCGACCCGAUCGCGUCCGUCUACGCCAAGGACCAGGUCGUGCUCGCCAUCGACAAUGCCUCGUUCACGUGGGACAGCACCACGACGCCCACGUUCACGAACGUCAACCUCCGCAUCACGCGCGGCGAGCUCGUCGUGCUGCAUGGCGCGGUCGGCCAAGGCAAGUCGUCGCUCUGCUCGGCGCUCCUCGGCGAGAUGCAAAAACUCACCGGCUCGGUGUUUGUCGGCGGCCAAGUGGCCUACUUUGCGCAGCAGGCGUGGAUCCAAAACACCACGAUCCGCGAAAACAUCCUCUUUGGCAAGCCGUACGACCGCAGCACGUACCAAAAGGUCCUCGACGCGUGUGCGCUGCAGAGCGAUCUCGCGUCGCUGCCGGCCGGCGACCGCACCGAGAUUGGCCAGAAGGGCAUCAACCUCAGCGGCGGCCAGAAAGCGCGCAUCGCUUUGGCCCGAGCUUGUUAUAGCGACGCCGACAUCUUCAUUUUGGAUUCGCCCUUGUCGGCCGUCGACGCGAUUGUGGCCAGCGAGAUCUUCACCAAGUGUUUCCUCGGCCUCUUGGCCAAGAAGACAGUGCUGCUCGUGACGCACAACCCCGAGAUCAUCGAGUCGGCGGCGGUCGCCCGGACGCUGCUGGUGCAAGACGGCCGGCUCAUCGAGUCAACGCAUGACUCGCCGCGCACGCGUCAAGAAGCAACGUCGGCGGUGACGCCGCUCAAGGCCCGGACGCCGUACUGGGAAGAGUCGGAGAUCAUCGAGUACCCGGCACCGGGGCCGCGCCACGAGAUGCUGGUGACGCCGUCGCUGCGCACGCCGUACAGCUACAACGCGCGCGAGAUGCUGUACACGCCGCGCGAGCCGGUGGCGGGCGAGUCGUUUGAAGAGUCGGGUCGUCUCAUCGCCGACGAAGAGCGGGCCGAAGGGCGUGUCUCCAAGGAAGUCAUCUACGGCUACGUUCAAAGCAUUGGCGGCGCCCCCGCGGUCGCUGCGAUCAUCGUCUUGACGCUGUUGACGCAAGUGCUCAAGGUCGGCAGUGACUUUUGGCUCACGUAUUGGUCCAACAACGUCCAGCAGGGAGCCAACGCCACCAUGACCGUCGACAGCAACAUGGACAUUUACGCGGGCCUCGCCAUCGGGAGCUGCCUCAUGGUGGCAGCGCAGACGUAUCUCGUCGUGGAGCUCGGCCUCGUCGGGUCCCAGCGCAUGUUUGACGGCAUGUUGCGCAGUCUCUUGGAGGCGCCGAUGCGCUUUUUCGACACCAACCCGAUCGGGCGCGUCCUUAACCGGUUUGGUGACGACAUCAUGGCAUUAGACUUUGGCAUCCCGCUCUCGCUCGGCCCGAUGCUGUUUGAAGUCUCGUCGACGCUCGCGGCGCUCGGCACGACGAUCGUGCUCAUGCGCUGGCUUGGGAUCCUCGUGCUGCCGCUGCUCGCGUUGUACCUCUACCUUGGCGCGUUCUUCUUGGGACCGCUGCGUGAAGUGAACCGGAUUCUCAAGACGACGCGGUCGCCGCUCAUUAGCUCCGUAUCGGAGGGCAUUGACGGCUCGACGACGAUCCGCGCAUUUGGUGACAAGCAGCUGCGUCGCUUCUACCGGCUCAACACCCAGAAGAUCGAGACGUUUUGUGAAGCCCGCGUGACGUACACCGCGAUCAACGUGUGGUUCUCGCUGCGCAUGUCGCUCCUCGGUAGCACGAUCGUCGCGCUGACCCUGUUGGUGCUCGUCUUCCUCCACGAGUCGCUAAGCCCCGGUAUCGUCGGCCUUUUGAUCACGUACGGUCUCUCGAUUCCGGGCACGCUGGCCUUGCUUGUCGGCCUCUGGUCCCAGCUCGAGACGUCCAUGAUCGCACCCGAGCGCAUCCAAGAGUACAUUGCGAUCGAGUCCGAGGGCGCCCGCGUCACCUCUGUCGCCACCGCCAACUGGCCCACGACCGGCGCCGUCGCCUUUGAGAACGUCAGCUUCCGCUACAAGCCCAACGACCCGCUCGUGCUCCAGAACGUCUCGUUCGCAGUCGCGGGGGGUGAGAAGAUUGGCAUCGUGGGCCGCACCGGCGCGGGCAAGAGCAGCCUCAUGAUGGCGCUCUUCCGCAUGAACGACGUCGCAUCCGGGUCCAUCUCGAUUGACGGCGUCGACAUUGCCUCUGUGGGUCUCCGCACGCUGCGCAGCCACCUCGCGAUCAUUCCGCAAAACCCCGUCCUCUUCAAGGGCACGCUGCGCAACUACUUGGAUCCGUUCGACGAGUACGACGACGCAGCGCUUUGGAAUGUCCUCCGGAAGGUGCAGAUGGUCGACCGCGUCUCGCAGCACGACGAGAAGCUCCUCGGGCCCGUGGACGAGAACGGCGAGAACUUUAGCGUCGGCGAGCGCCAAAUGCUGUGCAUGGCCCGCGCGCUCCUUCGGCAAGCCAAGGUCGUCGUGCUGGACGAAGCGACGGCGGCCAUCGACCACGCGACGGACAAGGUGCUGCAGCGCGUGAUCCGCACCGACCACGGACCGGCGAGCGAAUGA